AUGGCGACGCCACCUGUCCGACAAUGGGGUGUUACACCUCCGAUAUCGACCGUGCUGCCGACCAAGGAUGAGCUUUCGGCGAACGACGAUCUCAUUGCCGAGCUCAAAGCCCAGAACAACUUCGAGCUACCGACUGAAACGGAACGGAGAAAACAAGUGCUCCAGUUACUUCAGCGCGUCACAGUGGAAUUUGUUCAAGUCGUCAGUCGCAAAAAGGGUCUUUCUCCUGCUGCUGUUGAGGCUUCUGGGGGUAAAAUCUUCACGUAUGGGAGUUAUAGACUGGGUGUCUACGGACCAGGCUCCGAUAUCGAUACCCUAGUCGUUGGACCUAAGCAUGUCCUGAUCGAUGAUUUCUUCGCUGAAUUUCCCCCUAUCCUCCAAAGAAUGGCUUCCGAAGGAGCAAUCGAAAAGAUGACUCCCGUGCCCGAUGCGUUCGUUCCAAUCAUCAAGCUUGAGCUGUGUGGAAUCAGUAUUGAUCUGAUUUUUGCCCGCCUCGUUAUUCCCUCCAUCCCGAUGAACCUGGAUUUGAAGAAUAAUGAUUAUCUCAGAGGAUUGGAUGAACGAGAAGUGCGAUCGCUGAAUGGAACUCGUGUCACAGAUGAAAUACUUGAGCUUGUUCCCCAACAAAAGACAUUCCGCCUUGCAUUGCGUGCUAUCAAACUCUGGGCCCAGCGACGAGCGAUAUACUCAAACAUUGUCGGAUUCCCUGGUGGUGUUGCAUGGGCGAUGCUAGUAGCUCGGGUUUGCCAACUAUACCCGCAAGCAACUGGCUCUGUUAUUGUGGGAAAGUUCUUCAGGAUCAUGAACAAGUGGAAUUGGCCGCAGCCUGUCUUAUUGAAGCAGAUUGAGGAUGGACCCCUUCAGAUAAAAGUCUGGAACCCAAAGAUUUACCAUGGCGAUCGAUUCCACCUUAUGCCCAUCAUCACUCCUGCGUAUCCAUCCAUGUGUGCGACCCACAACAUCAGCAUGUCCACCAAGGCUGUUAUUCUCAGGGAGCUACAGCGAGGUGGUGACAUGGUCGACAAGAUCUUCAUGAAGCAGCUCUCGUGGCAGGAUCUGUUUGCGCGCCACACAUUCUUCACCCACGAUUAUAAGUACUAUCUCAGCAUCACUGCUUCUAGCAAGACCAAGGAGGCCGAGUCCGUGUGGUCUGGUCUUGUGGAGUCCAAACUGCGUCACCUCGUUGGCGCUCUAGAUCGAAAGCCAAUUGUUGCAGUAGCCCACCCAUUCCCUAAGGGAUUUGAAAGAAUUCAUCUCAUCAAGAACGAGAAAGAAAUGGAAGCAGUCAAAAAUGGGUCUACACAACAUCAGGCUAAAGGCACAAAGACCGCGAUGACUGAUGAGACUAAGGAUGCUGCUCAUCAAGCCGCAGUCCAGAACACCCUCGAAAACGCAGAGGUCCCGGGCCCGGCCGAGGGUAAGAUCGAGGGCACGGUUGAUAAUGAUGGCCAGACUGUCUACACGACGACUUAUUAUAUCGGCCUGGAGCUGAAACCUCUGGAGCCAGGCCAAUCGCGAUCUCUGGAUAUAUCAACCGACUCACAGAUUUUCAAGUCAACUUGCACCUCAUGGCCAGGAUAUCAGGAAGAAGUCAUGGAGUUGGCCGUCACCCAUGUUCGCAGCUUUGAUUUGCCCGACGAUGUCUUCCAACCCGGUGAGACCCGGGCCUCUCGGCCAAAGAAGAAAGUUACCAAACGGUCAGAGACAGCCGGCCAGAAACGCAGCAUUGGCGAGUUGGACGGUUCAACCGAAGGAGCCGCGAAACGCCAAGUUACCUCCGCAACUCCCGCCUGA